UGGAAUUUUCGUUUCUGUAGAACGGAGAGCGCGUUGAUCACGCUAGCUAACUAGUCUUUAAAGCUCAAGAAUAUUUAAAGAAUAUUUGUGAACUAGUUUCGAUUUUAAAAAAGAAAUGGGAUCCUCGAUAUGGCUGCUUCUGUUCUUCUUCGUUCCCACAACCUUACACCGCCACCUUGUUGCUCCCACCAUAGCCCAAGAUGAUGGCCAAUGCACUAUGGCAGCUGAAUUCUGCUGGAAAUGUUCCGAUAUCGGCAAUUAUGCUAAUGGCAGCAUCUACCAACAAAACCUAAUCAGCCUCCUCUCCUCCUUCUCUUCCAACCAAUCCGACUCUGGCUUUUACAACUCCUCUCUUGGACAAGACCCAAACAAAGUGAAUGCAAUUGCAUUGUGCAGAGGAGACCUCGGACUUGAAUCGUGUCGUAGCUGUGUCAACGACUCUGCUGAGAUUAUCCUGCGAAAUUGUUCGGGGAAAAAGGAAGCAAUCUUGUGGUCAGAGCCUUGCAUGAUACGAUACUCUCAAAACUUUAUAUUUAGUAUUAACGUGUCAGUCACUCCAACUCCAGCUCCAGCUCCAGCUCCAGCUCCAGCUCCACCUAAGCCAGUAAAGAAGACUAAGAUAAAAAAAAUUAUCAUCAUACUCAUUGCGGUUAUGAUUGCUUUGGUCACUCUGCUUUUCGGGGGAGCAUUCAUUUUCUUAAGAGUCAAGCAGCCAAGGGUAAAACUUGAAGAUCAUGAUAUUUCCGAAGAUAUUAAUUUUCUGGAUUCGUUACAAUAUGAUUUUGAAAAUAUAAAAUGUGCAACGGAUGAUUUCUCUGAUGAAAACAAGCUUGGACAAGGUGGAUUUGGAGCUGUUUACAAGGGUAGGCUAUUAAACAGACAAUAUAUUGCUGUGAAAAGGCUCUCCAAGAAUUCUACACAGGGUGAUCGCGAAUUUAAAAAUGAAGUCAUGUUACUUGCUCAACUUCCACAUCGAAACCUAGUAAGGCUCUUAGGCUUUUGCUUGAAAGGAGAGGAAAGACUACUCAUUUACGAAUAUAUACCUAAUACAAGUCUUAAUCACUUCAUUUUUGAUCCAAUGAAUCAUGGACUGUUGAAUUGGGAAACACGAUACAAAAUCAUAGGAGGAAUUGUUCGUGGUCUUGUUUACCUGCAUGAAGAUUCUCGACUUCGAAUUAUUCACCGCGAUCUCAAAGCUAGCAACAUUCUGCUAGAUGAUAAUAUGAACCCUAAAAUUGCAGAUUUUGGUAUGGCAAGAAUGUUUGCUAUGGAUCAAACUCAAGGAGCUACAAAGACCAUAGUUGGGACCUAUGGAUAUAUGGCGCCAGAAUAUGCAAUUCACGGGCGCUUUUCUGUGAAAUCGGAUGUCUUCAGUUUUGGCGUGUUAGUCCUUGAGAUAGUUAGUGGUAAGAAGAUUGGUAGAUUCCGAAAUGGUGAAAAUGAAGAGGACCUUUUAAGCUAUGCCUGGAGAAAUUGGAGGGAUGAUACAAUUCCAAAUAUCAUAGAUCCCACAUUAAUAACAGGCUCAAGAAAUGAAAUGAUCAGAUGCAUUCACAUUGGUUUGCUAUGUGUUCAAGAAAAUUCGAAUGACAGACCAACCAUGGUUUCCGUUACUUCCAUGCUUAACAGUCAUUCUCUCACACUCUCAGUACCCUCAAAACCUGCAUAUUAUUCGCAAUACAAUUCUGAAUCAGACAUGUCAAGGUUGGGAUUGAGACUUACUGAGACAUCUGAUAAGUCCAAAAGCUUUGUGUAUGUGUCAAGAAAUGAGGUUUCAAAUAUCACCGAACCAUACCCACGUUAGGGGCCAAUUAUUUUAAUUUACUACCAUUAAUGAAGAUCAUUCUAUUUGUUCAA